AUGACAUCGACAUUAAGACAAAGAGGAUCUUGUGCAGAUGUAACGGAAAGUGAAAAUGAAGGCGGUGCUAUCAAGACGACCCCUAGCCUUUAUUAUUACCAUGAAAUAGAUGAAUGGCAACAAGACAAUCACUUUAUUAGAUCAGGUUAUGUUAAAGAGACAUCUUCCUUUAGAGAAUGCUUCAAUUCAUUGUUCUAUUUACAUAACGAAUCGAUAAAUAUACACACUCACUUGCUACCUUCGUUAUUCGUUUUAUUACUUAUAAUUUAUUACGUCAACUAUGAAUUGCCAAUUUAUGAUAAUUAUCUUGGUGUAUGGGAAAAACUAAAUUUUAUUCAAUUCGGUUUGGCUGUUACUGUAUGCUUAUUGAUAUCAUCGACAUACCAUUGUGUUAAAUCACAUUCACAUAGAAUCAGUAUAGUUGGAAAUAAGUUUGAUUAUUUCGGAAUAGUAAUUUUAAUUACCUGUUCUUUAAAUUCUAUUGUAUUAUUUUGUUUCUAUGACGAACCCUUUUGGAAACUUGCAUUCAUUGCUGUGUUUUUUGUAUUAGCUACAACUUGCACCAUAUUAACAUUGGAUCCUAGAUUCGCUACAAAUACCUACCGUCCAUUAAGAUCGCUAAUGUUUAUCCUAUUUGGUUUAUCAGGUGUAUUACCACUUAUAGCUGCAGUUAAAUUAUAUGGAUACUCUGCAGCAGUUGAGAGAUCGUCGGCUGGUUGGUUAGCACUUGAAGGCGUUUCUUAUAUAAGUGGUGCCGUAUUGUACGCCAUGAGAGUUCCAGAGAGAUUUACUCAUGUAGAAGAGGAUGAAACUAGUUUACUAGAUAAGCCUUUAAGCGGAAGGUUUGAUAUAUUUGGUCAUUCACACCAAAUAUUUCAUGUGAUGGUUCUAGUGGGAGCCUUCUGCCAUUGGAUGAGUUUGCUAGGUUGUUACGAUUAUUUACAUAAAGUUAUAUUGCCAAACGCGGUUUGA